UUAUGUGAAAAUUUCAAGCAGAAAGGUCCACCGUGAAAGAAAGUUGGUUUUCAAGAGUAUCAAUUGAUGGGAUGGGAUUUAGACUGCCACCUGAUGUCAUAUUAACCUUAAAAAAGAGCAAUAAUUGGUUAAGAAUGCAUCACUGGCCUCAGGCAUGCCAAGUGUGUAAUGUUUCUAAACCGUAUUCUAGUACAAGUACAUAGAAUACAUUGUACUUACAAAUCAUCUUAAAAAUUAUAGGGAAAAAGUUCAUGCGAUUAUUUAAAGUAGAUCCGAUACUCGAAACAAUAACUUAAAAAGGGAAUUUAAAAAAAUGUAGAGCCUUCUUGAUUUCUCUCUGCGUCGGAUUUAAUCGAAAUUAAUAUAUUGAUAACGAAGUCUUCGUUGUCGAUAGUUAUUAUAUACGUAUAUGAUAUUUUAUUGUACAACAGAGCAUUAACCUAAACAAACUCAACUUCGUCCACCGUUUUCUCAAGCCACAUAUUAUCAUCCGCCAGACACGCAAAUUAGCCAAUGUUAAUCUACUUCUCUCAUGGAGAUGGAGAUCGACAAAUCCGUUUUCUCUUAGUAUAAUUAUUAACCAGCAAUUGUAUUGCCAGAACCCUCUAAAACACAGCAUGUUCACCAUCCCAACUGAAUAGAAGUUCAUCAUUUAAGUAGUACUCAUUGAUGGAAUAGAUUGUUCUUACAUGAGGACGUUCCUUGAGGCGAAUACAUAUGCGUACAAUGAUAGACAGGGAUUAUCAGCGCCCUCAUCAUUGUCGAGUAGUAUCAUCUUUUCUCCGAAGUUUGCCCUCUCGACUAUACUCCAAGAAAGCUAGUUAGUAUGAGGAUCUCCCCCAAAGAUUAAACUAUGAUAAGAAACUCUUUUGACUCGCUGCGGAGUUGUCCAAUAUUUAGACCAAUGACAAUAGCGCGUGCCGGAAUUAAGCCCCGCCUAUUCAAACGUACGUCACUCUGCAAGGUGAUUGGCAUUCCAUGGUCAGGGUGAAAGGCUAAAGGUCAUUGUCUAGGUCAUGACUGGCAGUGGUGCUUCAACACUGACCGAAUGGGAGUAUUGUUUGUCAACAAUGCUCAAUGAUGUCCUCAUCAUGGACAUGAAUACAGUGCAUUAUAAGACGAUCAUUCACAUUCGGAGGUUGAUUGACGCGAGGAGGUGAAGUUGGGCCUAUAAGAAGAAGUGAUACCCUGUACGAAGGGACAUUUCCAUUUUGACCAGGCUCCCGACAACAUAUCAACCGCUUCUCAAUCUAGUAAUUCAUCAUGACUUUGUUCAGUAUUGACAAUCUCGCUCAGAGUGACUGCAAGCCAAGCCGUUUCAGUCCAGAUGUGCGAUAUCAUCCUAAGAUGAAAGUUUUAGCUCAUCGAGAAGAACAGUCUGAUGACAGAUCUUCUAGCCCUGAAAGCAGCAUUGGAGCUCUGAGUCCAUCAGAUAACACCAGCUCAGGGGCUUCAUCAAUCUGCGAUAGCCCACCAUCAGCCAAGAAACCUCCUCAUUCAUACAUUGCUCUGAUUGCUAUGGCUAUCAUCAACUCACAGGAGAAGCGUCUAUUGCUGUGUGACAUUUAUGAAUACAUCAUGAAACACUUUCCAUUCUUCAAGGAUAACGAACGGAGCUGGAGGAACAGUAUUCGUCACAAUCUCUCCCUCAACGAGUGUUUCAUCAAGGCUGGACGAAGCGGAGAUGGCAGAGGACAUUUCUGGGCCAUCCAUCCUGCCAACCUGGAGGACUUCGCCAAAGGUGAUUACAGGAGACGUCAAUUAGCUCGUCGCCGAGCUCGAUCAGCCAGUUAUUCUCCUUACGCCUAUCCAUCGGUGAUUCCUGGCCCGAUCCAUCCCGGUUACAUCCCGAUGGCAUAUUCUCCUCAUCCUGACAUGAUCACCAAGUCACACCUAGCCAUGUUCUCUGGGGUUCAUCCUCUCACUGUAUCAACUCAUCAUCCAGUCAGUGCUGCCUUGAUCACUCCACCUCAUAUGCCAACAAGUCAUCCGUACUGCCUGCCUACGACUGUUCCUGCGACCUAUCGCCCGAGUGUAGCAGAGAGGAUACCCCUCACCAUCCCGAGCCCGAUGUUCUCCAAUCCGAUGACAUCAUCCCUGAGUUCAUCGACCACCACCAGUGAUGCAGCAGGGUAUCGUCUCGCUCAUGGGAUCAGUCCUAGUGUCCUGUAUCCAUCAUACUCCAAGUCAUCAUCGCCACCGUCCAUGCUUUCAACGUCAUACGAGGCUUGGUCUUCGGGAGGAUCCUGUUAGGGUUCAAUGUUGUUACGAACUUUGAGACUUAAUUGAUUUUGGCAAUCAAAGAGACUUAUAUAUUACUCUGAAUGAAUUUUAAGAUGACUAUAUUAUUGUUACUCAUCGAUUGUAUUUUGUGAGUAUUGCUUGACAUGUUGUGUGACAACAUCGUUUGUUUAUCAAUUAGUGAAAACACGUUCUUGACAAAUUCAA